AUGCCCCCACCCUCAUUCAACGUCGCGGGGGCCUCGAGGAAACAAAACGUGGCAUGUGAUUCUUGCAGGGCCAAAAAGAUCAAAUGUCAACGCACGGUCACGACCGAAACCUGCGAACAAUGCGUGACCAAAGGAUGUGAUUGCACCAGUUUCUACAUCGAGCAACUUCAAGCCAAGAUCAAAAAAUCUCGUCCGCGACCAGACGAUGAUGGAAAGAAUAUGGGACGAAAACGUCGUCGGAAGAGUCUCAGCGUCCAAGGGGAUGACCUUCAGGCAGCAAGUGGUAAUCUGGUCACACUGGCCCAACAAGCUCGGGACGUAUGGCAAGAUUCUCGUCCAAGUAGUCAGUCAAGUUCUAUUCCGGUGACCUGGGGUACCGAGGCAAGUGGCAGUCAAGUGGGAGGAGAUAGUUGGAGUGUGGAACCUUUGGAUGCUGACAGAUCUUUACAUCUGUUGGCGAACCUCGCUCCUUCAAAACCGCCAACUCUAGCUACUACUCUCCCUCACCAACGUCCUCCGUCUGUGCAACAAUCCGACCUUCUCAAGUAUCUCUUCUCGCCAACGGCGGUGCAUCAUCAUGAUUGGCAGUACACCGAUUUGGACAGUCUUCGAGUCUGUGAUCAAAGAGAAUCAGAUUUGUGGGAAGAGAUGGGUGGUCAUGUCUGGGUAGAACAGCCCAGUCAGGCGCAUUUGAAAUUGACAGACGAAGGAUAUAAAGAUUUUGCGGACGAUCUGAUAGAAACGUUCUUCUCCAUCGUCCACAUACGUUUUCCCAUGCUCGACGGUCUCCUCCUGCGCGCCCGUCUGACCGAGCCUGACACCCAUCCAAAAGGUCCAGUCUCGCAUGGCCUGGUGGCUGUGGCCAUUGCUUGGGGCUCCCGCUUCUCCGAUCAUCCGACGAUUAUCGCAGAUCGACAAGAGGUUUCCGCACGAGAUCAGAAGGGAUCUGGAAGGAGCAGAAGUAGGAUAUGUCAACUUUUGGUGAUCCGUGCGAGAGAGGUAGUGGAGGCUAGCAAGAUGUUACGGAUACCUAGUGUUGAAGCUGCUCAAACUCUAAUGUUGCUUGAGCCUCUUGUCGCUCGUGAUCGUGUGGAAGAGUUGACAUGGACAGAAUAUCAGCCUGUCGCGGUCUCUGCAGCGAUCAAGCAUAUGCUUCAGUUAGGUUUGAAUUCCCCUGCAGGUGUCUUCAGCUUGAAAGAUGAGAGCGACAAGACGGCAGCCGCGUUCGUCUGGUGGACGAUCAGUCUCUCGGAUGGAUUCAGAGCUGCUUUCCACAGACUCAAGCCCACUCUGAGCGACGCGGACUAUGAUCUCGCUCCACCCGAAGACGCCCCGUUGUCUUUCAGAGGGAAUGAGACGGAGGGGAAAGACACUUCGGUUGUCCAAGAUACUCCUACGGAGGCUGUUGCCUGGUUCGGUGCCGCCAACGCCGGAGCGUUCAUGUGUCGUCGUCUCUGCGAAGGUCUCUGGAUUCCCCGUUCAAAAGAAUAUGGCAUCACCACACCAGUAUUGGCUUCCUUCGUACGCCUCAACCUCAAAUGGAGGGAUCAAUACCUCACGAAACUUGGUGUACCAUCCAAAUGGCCUGACUCGUGGGACUUUCUGGCAGCCAUCACGGCAUGUUCUACCGAUGUGUACUAUCACUGUCUUUGGUUGGUGGUAUGGCGAGCAAUGGAGGAAUUUGGUCUUGAAGAAACUCGGACUGGUCGACCUGCCAGCGAAGAACUCGUCAACCUGCAAAGUAGGAUCAAGGGAGAGUCGGAACAUGGUGCUAUGCGCAUAGCAGCUCUUAUCGCCGUUUUGACCGAAAACGGUUAUCUUCGUUUAGACCCACUGAUCCUCUAUCAUCCGAUCUACGAAGCCGGUUGUUUCUUGGCCAACAUGGGUCGAAUGGAGUGUUUGGCUUGUAUAGCAGGAAUGAAACAAUACUCAAUCGCCUAUCCUCAGAUGUGGGACUUUAGUAUCGAGAUCGAAAAUAUCUAUACCGAA